AUGGAUAACCUAAAGAAGAAACGGAGCUACCUCAAAGGUAGGACGACUCGAUUAAUUAAUAUUCUUAACGACAAAAUUAAUUCAGAUGCAAUUACUAUUGAUGAACUCGAAAUAUAUGGCUCUGAUUCUCGGGAUUUAUGGCAUGAAUUGCAUGAGUUAAACACGGAAAUUAUCCUAGCUCAAAAGGAUACAGAAAUCGAGGCAAACGACAAAGAAUAUGAUGAAAUCGCAUCCAAAAUUGAAAGUUUAAAGUUUAAUUCAGAACAUCAUUUGAACUCUGUUAAAUUACCCAAAAUAGAACUACCAACAUUUUCAGGCAAUUUUUGUGAAUGGCUAAGUUUUCGUGACUUAUUCAUUGCAACCAUUCAUAACAAUUCAUCUCUUUCUGAUGCUCAACGUUUGCAAUAUCUCAAGCUUUCGAUUAAAGGCCAAGCAUCUGUUCUAAUUCAAGCUCUGCAAAUUACGAAUGAAAAUUACGAUAAAGCAUGGAAAUUAAUUAGUGAUAGAUAUGAAAACGUUUCGGAAAUAAUUAAUGCAACCCUAGACCGAUUAUUUUCGCAACCAAAUUUAAAUUCUGAGUCAUCUCAUGGAUUAAGAAAGUUAUUAGAUAUUACUAAUCAGUGUAUUGACACUUUAGAAAUACUAAAACAACCAGUAUAUCAUUGGGAUACCAUUCUAGUUUAUUUCUUGAAAAAGAAACUGGAUUCUGAAACAUUACGUCAGUUUACAUUGAGUUUGAACAGAUCGGAAGUUCCAACAUUCAAAUCAUUUCGCGAAUUCAUUGAAAAACGCGCUGCAGCUUUAGCGUGUCUGAUACAUAACACACAUGGCGCCGGAUCAUUUUCGUCAAGGACACCGAACGAAAAAUCUUUCUCAUCAAAAAACAAAAUAGAGUCAAAACAUAUCGCGCUCACGAACACUUGUUUAUACUGUAAGGAUAAUUCUCAUGUAAUUUAUCAGUGCGAUAAAUUUAAAGAAAUGCCAAUUAGUGCGAGAAAGGAAUUUGUAAUGCAAAUGAAAAUUUGUUUGAAUUGUUUAAGACCAAAUCAUUUUGCCAAUACUUGUAAGAGUUCAAAGUGCAAAAAAUGCGAUCGCAAGCAUAACACUUUGCUCCACGAAACGACACAUGUCAAAAAUGAGGAACAUAAAAGUGAUACGUUAGUAUCAAAUCAUUAUUCGGAAUCUAAUUUGAAUGCGCAAAAUGUUUUGCUUCCAACUGCUAUUAUUAAUGUGCAUGACAAGUAUGGAAAUGCGCAUGUUUGUAAAGCUCUAAUUGAUUGUGCAUCUCAAGCAAGCUUUUUUAGAGAGGAUUGUUUACAGCGGUUAGGUAUUCCACGGCAGCGGGUUAGUGUUACUGUUGCAGGGUUAGGUUCUAAUGAAUCGAAUAAAAUUUCGGGUGCAGCUCAAAUUAAAAUAUCGCCAGUCUCAGAUACUGAUUUGACACUCACUGUUGAUGCAUUAACCAUCCCUAAAAUUACAAAUAAUCUUCCCCAGAAUAAAAUUGAUGAUGCGAAAUUAAAAUAUUUUAAGCAUUUGAUACUUGCAGAUAAAAAUUGUAAUCAACCUAGCACCAUUGAUGUCCUACUGGGUGCUGACGUGCUAGCAAACAUAAUGCUGAGUGGGCAUAUUGUUAUUCCAGGAGAGAAUUUGAUGGCGCAGGAAACAAUUUUUGGAUGGAUUAUCUUGGGAAAAGUGGGAAAAACUCAAAGCAACUCGAAUCGCGUUUAUACUCACUUCACUCGUUGCGAGGAGUUCGAAGUUCAGAAGUUGUGGGAAUUAGAAGAAAUUCCAAACAAAAAAAUACUCUCCCCUUCAGAACAGGCAUGUGAAAACCAUUUUCACUCCACAUUUACACGUAAUGAUGAGGGUAGGUUUAUCGUAAGGUUACCUUUUCACAAUGAUAAUCUAAAAUUGGGUUCAUCUCGUGAAGUCGCAGAAAAGAGGUUGAUUCAAAAUGAGAAGAGUUUUGUCAAAAAACCCGAAAAAAUGAAAUUAUACAGAGAAUUCAUGCUCGAAUAUGAAAUGUUAGGUCACAUGGAACUGUGUUCAGAAAAUGAUAAUUCAGGAGAACAUUUCUAUCUUCCGCAUCAUGCUGUUAUGAAAUCAUCUCAGUCUUCUUCUAAGUUUCGCGUUGUCUUCGAUGCGUCUGCUAAAUCGUCAAGUGGAGCAUCUCUCAACGACAAGCUUAUGGUAGGUCCAACUUUACAGGACGACAUAGCAACCCUAUUAUUGAGAUUUCGCAAACAUAGAAUCGCUAUGACAAGUGACAUUGUUAAAAUGUAUAGGCAAAUUUUGAUUCAACCGGACGACACACAAUACCAAAAAAUACUCUGGAGACAAUCGUCAGACGAGGAAGUUAAGGAAUUCCGCUUGCUGACAGUCACAUAUGGCACAGCUUCAGCUCCAUAUUUGGCCACGAAAUGUCUGCAACAACUUGCAGUAGAAGAAAGUGAGAAAUUUCCGCACGCGUCUCAAGUAGUUAAAUCAGAUUUUUAUGUAGACGAUCUCAUGACUGGAGCCGAGUCCGUUGAAGAAGUAAUUCAACUGCAACAAGAAAUAAUUGAAAUGUUGAAGCGUGGAGGAUUUGAAAUCAAAAAAUGGUCAUCGAAUGAAGAAUUGGUACUUGAAAAUAUUCCCCCAGAAAGUCGUGCAACAUCUUUGCCUCUGGAAAUUAGAGAUGAUGUUAAGACCCUUGGAGUUCUGUGGAACCCAGCAACGGACACUUUUUCUUUUAGGUGGAAUUUACCUCCUGUUUCAAAAUUUUGCAGCAAACGUAUUGUGCUAUCCUUCAUAUCUACAAUUUUCGAUCCUUCUGGUUGGAUUUCUCCCGUUAUUCUUAAAUUCAAGUUGCUUAUUCAACACCUCUGGAAAUUGAAGCUCAGCUGGGACGAAAAUCUUCCACCAGAUUUACAGCUAGAAUGGAAAUCUCUAGUCGAAGACUUAUCUCAACUAAAAGAAAUUAAAGUACCCAGGUACAUUCUUCAACCUUACAGCAACAUCAUAGAACUUCACGGAUUUUGUGAUGCCUCCGAAAAAGCAUACGCGGCUGCAGUAUACAUACGAACGAUUUCGAUGAAUGGCAACAUUAAUGUGCAACUGGUUACUAGCAAGACCAGAGUAUCACCUAUAAAAUUUGUUUCUCUUCCUCGACUUGAACUUUGUGGUGCCUUCUUGUUAGCUAAACUUGUUCGCUUUACGUCUCGAGCGCUACAACUCGAUGCAGUUAAGACAUUAUGCUGGACCGAUUCCACAAUUGUUUUGGGCUGGCUAGCAUCACACUCUAGCCGGUGGAAAACUUUUGUUGCGCAUAGAGUAGAAAAGAUUCAUGAGCUUGUUCCUGAAGCUCUUUGGAACCACGUAGACGGCAAAUUAAAUCCAGCAGACUGUGCCUCACGGGGAAUGACCCUUGAACAAUUGCAGAACUUUCCGCUGUGGUGGCGAGGCCCUGAUUUCUUGUAUUCGCAAGAAGAUAUCUCGCACGAACCAUUUCAGUACAUUGAAACUGAUGAAAUUCGUGCAGAAGAAAAGAAAACCGUACCUGCAACCCACGUCGCAACAGCGACAGCAGAAAAGAGUGACAUUCUAGAAUUAUUGCAUAAAUUUUCUUCGCUCUCCAAAUUGAAGCGAGUUACAGCUUAUUGUUUCAGGUUUAUUUACAAUUGCAAACGUUCAAAGGAAAAAAGAAAUUUAGGACUACUGUCGUCACAAGAACUUGAUCAUGCACUUAAAUUUUGGAUCAAACAAGUUCAACAACAGAAUUUUCACCCAGAAAUAUACUGUUUGAAACAUUCUCGCACACUACCUACAAAGAGUAAGAUCUUGUCUCUAAAUCCUUUCCUUGAUGAUGACGGUUUGCUCAGGGUGGGCGGUCGUCUUCGCCAUGCAAACCUACCGGAAAAUCAAAAAUAUCCUGUUUUGUUACCUAAACGCAGCUUUUUCACAGACCUGUUGAUUUCUUCAUUACAUGUAACAAACUUACAUGCUGGACCUCAGUUACUUCAAGCGUGCAUUCAACGUGAAUACUGGAUACUAUCUGCUAGAGAUACUAUUCGACAAUGCAUUAGGAAAUGCAUGACAUGUGCUAAGAUUAAAGCUCAAACCGCUCAGCAAAUGUUAGGCGAUUUGCCAGCUGCACGAGUAACUCCAACCCGACCAUUUCUUAAAUGUGGCGUUGACUAUGGUGGCCCUUUCUCCAUACGGAUGUCAAAGAGCUCCAGAGCAAAAACCUGCAAGGCAUAUCUAUGUCUGUUUGUGUGCUUUUCAACUAGAGCAAUUCACUGUGAACUAGUUAGUGAUUUGUCAACAAAUGCCUUCAUAGCUGCUUUUAAACGUUUUAUUUCACGUCGCGGUAAAUGUUCUGACAUUUACAGUGACUGCGGCACUAAUUUUAUUGGUGCAAAGAAGGAACUUGACGAACUUAAUGCAUUGUUCAAAUCACCAAACCAUAAUGAAAAAAUCGCUCAUUACUUAUCUGAUGAAGGUAUCAACUGGCACUUCAACCCACCAGCUGCUCCUCACAUGGGAGGCAUUUGGGAAGCGGGCAUCAAAUCUGUGAAAUUCCAUCUUAAGCGCAUCAUAUCAAACGUGAUAUUAACUUACGAAGAGUUAUACACGAUCAUAGUGCAAGUUGAGGCCUGUCUCAACUCUCGUCCUCUCUCACCUCUGUCCAGUGAUCCAAAUGACCUUUCAGUGCUCACACCAGGACACUUUCUUAUUGGUGGUCCUCUAAACGCUGUUCCAGAAACAGAUUUUACAUCUUCUAAACUCAACCAUCUGACACGCUGGCAGCUGACGCAACGUCUAUUGCAGCACUUCUGGAAGCGUUGGAGUUCCGAGUACGUGACCCGUUUACAACAACGACCAAAGUGGUUUUCCAGAAAACCCAAUUUGAAAGUUGGAGACCUUGUGCUGGUUAAAAAUGAAAACUUACCCCCGCUAAAGUGGCGUCUGGGACGCAUCUCAGAGGUUUUUCCAGGAAAGGACGGUUGUGUUAGAGUGGCAGCAGUAAAAACUUCUGACGGACUGCUUAAGAGACCCAUUGUUAAGUUAUGCAAACUGCCAAUGGACAGUGAUUGA